CCUUAAUAAUGGGGUGGAUCUGCCAAGUCCCAACUUCAAACCCAGUUUGAGUCAAGAUCGAAGUUCGAACCGAGAGCGAGUUGCAGAGAAAUCGAAGCAUUAUGCAUUGAUGGCAUUUGAAGGAUUUGGCAGGAACUCGGGCCCUUCUGCUCCUAAAACUUUGAACACAUUUGGGAGCUUCCAACAGCAACAUCGAAGACCAGAUAUAUCUCCUCCUAGAUGGGGUAAUCAACUACAACCCCUUGUCAAUGGUUCUAAUUCCCAGGCAAGGCAAGUUCCAGACACAUUUGCAUCAUAUCUUGCGACACAAAGUGCUGGAGCCCUCAGUUUUGCUAAUCCUGACAGCUUUCAACACCCAAAAAGAAUCAGGUCGCCUCCUAUACCAUCAACUAAUGGAGGUUUAUUGAGAAAUUCCAGUCAAGGUAUAUCUGGGAGACCCACAGUAUCUCCUCCUAGAUGGGGUAAUCAGCUAGAAUCCCAUGUUAGUAAUUCCCAGACUCGUCAAGUGCCAUCCACAGUUGCAUCAUAUGUUGCGAUGCAACAUGUUGGAACCAACAUUUCUGCUAGGCCUGACAGCUCUCAACACCCUAAAAGGACCAGGUCGUCGUCAUCUUUAUCCCCCACAAAUGAAGAUUUAUCGAGAAAUUCUAGGCAAGUUGUCACUGGAAGAGUAUCUCCUCGUAGAUGGGGUAAUCAGCUAGAAUCCUUCGUCAGUGGUUCCCAGACUCACCAAGUGCCGUCCACAGUUGCAUCAUAUGUUGCAACGGAAAAGGCUGGUGCCAGCAUUUCUGCUAGGCUUGACAGCUCUCAACAGCCAAAAAGAACCAGGUCGCCCACUUUAUCACCCCCAAAUGAAGAUUUAUCAAGAAAUUUUAGUCAAGGUGUCACUGGAAGGGCUGCUGUAUCUCAUCCUAGAUCAAGUAAAAUUAAUUCCCAAACUUACUGGAGGCCCUCCCCACCUGCUCAGAAUGUCAGUGUUGAGGCUGAUGGUGUGAAGUUUACUACCUUUCAUGUACCCAAGAGGACCAGGUCAUCCCCUGCACCUUCUUCGGAUGAAAAUAUUCUAGGAGAUUCAUCCUCUACGCAAUUCAAUACUGAUAGAGAGCUACAAGCGAAGGCAAAGCGAUUGGCACGCUUCAGUGUCGAGCUAAGACAACCGGUGCCAAAUGCUGAUGAUCUGAAAAAGCACAAGUCUUCAGGGGAUAGACAUGAUCAAUCUCCGGUGGAUAGACGGAAGUUUGUUCUGGGGCAUGCCUUUGAAGCAGCAGGGGACUUCUCUAAUGGCAGCAUUUUACCUGAUUCUGAAGGCUUGUUAUCUUCCCAUGCUAUAAUUGGGUUCUGUCCUGAUAUGUGUCCAGAUUCAGAAAGGGAGGAGCGUGAGAGGAAAGGAGAUCUUGACAAAUAUGAACGCUUGGAUGGAGAUAGAAAUCAAACUACCCAAUUCCUUGCUGUCAAGAAGUAUAAUAGGACAGCUGAGAGGGAAGCAGACUUGAUUAGACCCAUGCCAGUCUUGCAGAAGACGGUUGAUUAUCUUCUGGCUUUGCUAGGUCAACCUUAUGAUGAUAGGUUUCUGGGCAUGUAUAACUUCUUGUGGGACAGGAUGAGGGCAAUCCGGAUGGACCUCAGGAUGCAACACAUUUUCAACAGAAGGGCAAUAACCAUGUUGGAGCAAAUGAUAAGACUUCACAUCAUAGCUAUGUAUGAAUUGUGUGAAUACACAAAAGGAGAGGGCUUCUCGGAGGGAUUUGAUGCACACCUCAACAUUGAACAGAUGAAUAAAACAUCAGUAGAGUUGUUCCAAAUGUAUGACGAUCAUCGGAAGAAGGGAAUUGAUGUGUCCACAGAGAAAGAAUUUCGGGGUUAUUACGCACUUCUAAAACUGGAUAAGCAUCCUGGCUACAAAGUUGAACCUGCAGAGCUCUCACUUGAUCUUGCAAAGAUGACUCCAGAGAUAAGGCAAGCCCCGGAAGUUCUAUUUGCUCGUGAGGUAGCAAGGGCUUGCAGAACGGGUAAUUUCAUUGCCUUCUUCCGGCUUGCAAGGAAAGCGACUUACCUUCAAGCAUGCCUAAUGCAUGCACACUUUUCUAAGUUACGAACCCAGGCACUUGCUUCUCUACAUGGUGGCCUUCAGAAUAACCAAGGAAUACCUAUCACACAUGUUAGAAAAUGGCUUGGGAUGGAGGAAGAGGACAUAGAAAACCUCCUAGAAUACCAUGGAUUUUCAGUAAAGGAAUUUGAAGAAUCAUACAUGUUUAAGGAAGGUCCAUUUCUCAACAGCGACAAUGACUGCCCUACCAAAUGCUCAAAACUUGUUCACCUGAAAAGGUCGAGAAGGAUUCUUGAUGAUGUUGUUUCUUCCAAUUAUGUGGUGACAUUGCCUGUGAAAGAACCCAAACAGGUUUUCCCAGAAAAGAUGGACAAGAUUGAACAGAAAGCUGUACAAUUUGUUGAAAUGAAAGAUUCUGCUGAUGUUGUUGAUGAAGACAUGUCUGAUUUUGAAUCCAACACUACUCCAAGGAAUGGCUCUGCAGUACAGCCAACACUUAAAACAUCAACUGACCAUCACUUGGGCAAUGUUUCUUUCGAGCCUUUGGAUGUUCCUGAAGUUCUUUGUCUUGAGACUCCGCCAUCUAUGGUUGGAAGAGUUAGCAGUCCAGUCUCAGGUGCCGAUUCGACUGAUUUUAUGAAAAGAAAUAUGCUUUCAAGUGUGAAAGAGAUGCCCUUGAUUAGUAGGGAUAACACUCCAGUUUCAAAUACGUUUUGGACUGAUUCUCUGGAAAGACAUAUGCCUUCCAGUGUGAAAGAAACACCCCUGCAUACUUUGCCAGGGGAUCUCUCACGAGUUGAGAGAUAUCAGGGGUCGCUUUUUGAGACUGUGUUGAAGGAUUCGGCAACUCAGGAAGAAGUAAUCAAACACCUAGAGAAUAAAGAAGUCAUGGUUUCUUCUGAAGAAUUAGAAGGUGAAAAAGCUAUAGCAAUUCGACAGGAAGCUGAAGCUUGGCAGGCAAAACUUAAGUGGAUCCUAAGGAUAUGGAAGCGUCGUUCUUCAAAGCAAAGGGAGCUACGUGAGCAACGGAAAUUGGCAGCAGAUGCUGCAUUAAAUUUAUUAUCAUUAGGCCCACCACUUCGACCAAGGAAAACUGAAUCAAACAUUGUUGGUGAGCUUAACAUUGAUCAUAUUGUGAAGGAGAGACGUGAGAUACAAAGGAGAUUAUGGUCCAGGCUGAAUGUUGCUGAAGUGGUUGAGGGGGUACUGAGGGAAAGAAAUCCAGAUGCCAAGUGCUGUUGCUGGAAACUUCUUGUCUGUUUCCAAAUGAAUGACGCAGGGAAGAAUGGAUCACUUCAGAGAAGCCAAAUCAACCAUUUUGGUGGGCGAUGGUUGCUCAACAAGCUUAUGGGUGUGAGGAAGGAAGUUGAUGAUGAGCUGCUAGUUUCCUUGCCAGGCGUAUCAAUAUGGAAGAAGUGGUCUACCAGGCUAUCCGGCAGCCUUCCGACCUGUUGUUUAUCUGUCAUCAGAGACAUUGAAGUUGAUAAAUCAGAUGAUACAGCAGCUGGUGCAAGUUCCGUUCUUUUUCUUGUAUCAGAAACCAUUCCUUUGGAGCUUCAAAAAGUUAAACUCCAUAACCUUAUUAUGUCCUUACCUUGUGGUUCCCGCUUGCCACUGCUUAUCUUAAGUGGCAUGCUUGGAGAAGAGGUUCAUGAUCCUUCUCUGAGGGUAGUUAAUGGACUAGGACUUCAUGACAUGGAUGAAACCAGGAUAAAGAGCUUCUCGAUCAAAUUCUUAACAAAAGAUCAGUCAAUGGAACAUGUUGACGAGUUUUUCUGUGAUGAUAAGUUACGAGAGGGCUUACAAUGGCUAGCAGGACAGUCACCACCACAACCUUAUCUUCUUCGUCUUAGGACACGUGAACUGGUUUUAACUCACUUGAAUGCUUCAUUAGAGGUUCUUGACAAGAUGAAUGUGUCUGAUGUGAGUCCCAACCAUUGUAUUUCUGUCUUCAAUGAAGCAUUGGAUCGAUCAGCAGAGGAGGUUACUUGUGCAGCUGAUAUCAAUCCUGCCUGUUGGCCCUGUCCUGAGAUUGAUAUGCUUGAGAAAUCCAGCGAUGAGCAGAAGGCUGUGAACUGGUUUUUACCAAGCAUUGGGUGGAGCUCAGCUGCGAGAAUUGAGCCAAUUAAAAUUGCAAUUAAUGGCUGCAAGCUACCACUUUUCCCUGAUGACUCGUCUUGGUUGGAUCAGGAUUUACACACAGGAAAGGAGGUCCAAGACCAGAAGUUAGAACUCGAGAAAUGCCUUGCCAGAUAUCUGACUCAAUUAAGUAAGAUGAUGGGAUGGACACUGGCAGCAAGAGAGUCAAAUGUAAUGGUUCAAAAAGGUGCUCAAUUAGUGCUUCAUGAUUCCUGCUACCAUAUAGUUCCAAGAUGGGUAGUGAUCUUUCGACGAGUUUUCAAUUGGCAGCUAAUGAAUUUAAGCAGUGGGAUCUCCUCAGUAGCUCAUGUGUUGGAGCACCAGCAUGAAUCCUCUUUGAAAGAACACAGCAUGGUUACUUCGCAGGUUGAAACUCCAUUGGAAAUUGCAGAUUAUUUAAGGUAUCGAGAGGAUAAAUUACCACCAUGUUUUCUCAGCCAGCUAUCACUUGAUGAAAUGGUUGAAGUUGGCUGUAACUCACUUCCUUCUCGGAGGGACCAAUCAGAGUUCGAGCCUGUUCAUCAUCUCUCUGCGAUGGAAGACAAUGGUAGUAUAGCUGUGGAGGCUACCACUGCCUCUGAUUUAGUGGAGGAUGUCCAGUUCCCUCGACGAGAUUGUGAAUUUGCUGAGACUGGCGAUACUUAUAUAUCAGGUGAGUUGAAUUACAGUAAUUGCGAAGUAGUUGUAGUUAACAAGGAGAAGAAACAGGCUGAUAGAUUGACGAAGUUGUUGGAGCAGUGUAACCUUGUGCAGGACAUGAUUGAUGAAAAGCUCUUUAUAUAUUUCUAAUAA